AUGCUGCUACGACAGGUGCAUUUCACGGCCAUCACCGUGGUGUGCAUUCCUAUCAUCUUCGCCGUCUUUGUUUUUGUGUCGUAUUUCCAUGACGGUACACUCAAUGUACUCCCGUCUCAUCUAUCACUACGGCCGUCCCACGACGACAAGCCAGCCGCGCAAAACGCCCCCUCACACUCGACAUCAGCCCCUCUAGUGAUACCGACCGCAAAACCAAAUAGUAACAUCGAAAACGAAGAGGAGGCACCGCACGUCAACACGCCUCCCGCCGAGCAGAAGGUCUUCCCCCAAAAUGACUGGCUCCCGGCACGACCGAUCGAUCCCUCUUGCGCACAUCUCCCCGACCUUUCCAAAAUCCUCCUCAUCAUCAAGACUGGUGCUAGCGAGACCUACGAGCGCCUGCCUACCCAGUUUAUGACCAUGACCCGCUGCUUGCCUGACUUCCUUGUCUUCUCAGACAUGGAAGAGUCCAUCGUGGGCUACCGUGUGUAUGACAUCCUCGGUGAGACCUUGGAAGAAGUCAAGCACGACAAUGGCGAUUUUAACCUGUGGCGCCGUCAGCAGGAAUGUCUUGUUGAUCAGAAGAGCUGCCAGAAAUGGAGUAACUUUGGUGGCGAGGCCUGGAAUCUCGACAAGUACAAGAACGUUCGCCAGUCGGACGUGUCCUACCGCAUGCGCCCCAACUACGAUUGGUACAUCCACAUCGAUGCUGACACAUACAUUCACUGGCCGAACAUGGUCGAGUUGCUAAAACCGUUCGAUCCACUGAAAGACCACUUCUUUGGUAGCUUCGAGCCUUCGCAGUACGGUGACUUCAACCACGGCGGUAGCGGGUACAUCUUGUCGCAAUCGGCUAUGAAGAAAUUCCAAGCCAACUCGAGCGUGGAACAUUUUGACCACGCGGCAAGGAGCAUCUGCUGCGGCGACAUGCUGAUGACGAUCGCUGUGCGCGAGAACAUCGGCCUCGCGAACACCAACUUGUUCCCCACCAUCAACGGUCGCAAACCCUUUACGCUCCCCUUCGGGCCCCGCCAAUGGUGCCAGCCUAUCGCCACAUUGCACAAGCUCAACAGCGAAGAAAUAGCUUCAAUCUGGCAAUACGAGCAACAACGCUUUGCAAAUGCCACCGACGGCAAACCCUCUCCGCUCCUCAUCAAGGAUCUAUACUACCAAUACUUCGCGCCGAGACUUACCGAGAAACUCGAGGAUUGGGACAACAUGUACGACGACUACCUCAACAACGUGUGGUACUACAUCGAUAAGGACGACGCGUCGAAGGACUGGGAGAACUUCCACGACCAGAAGUACGUGUGGCAUAUGCGCAAGCCGAGCGACUUCAAGCACGAGGAGGAGAAGAAGGCGCAUACUUCGUUUGACGCGUGCAAAAAGGCAUGCGAUGUCGUCGACGAGUGCCUGCAGUUCCGCUGGCAGGACGAUGCCUGCGCCAUGUCGAAGAACUUCCGUCUGGGAAACCCGAUGGAGAAGCCAAAAGAGCAAAAGGAGCGGUGGAUGAGUGGCUGGGCUGUCCAGAAGAUCGAGAAGUGGAUUGCCGACCAGGGCGAGUGCAAGGUGCAAUUUCCCGGUGCCUAA